CUUUGCCGUUUAUGUGCGGCGUAUGGGAGCUCAAAGCCUUUACACGCCUUGCGCAGGCAUGAUCCUAUUGGAUGAGCAGCGCAGGGACUGUUGCAAGUGAUGAGAGAGAGGGAGAGAGAGAGAGCAAGCAGUCUUCACCAGCGCAUGUCUCUCCAACUGCAGACACACAAUGCUCCUUAAUAGGCUCCAGAUGCCUUUACAGAAAACACACGUCUGCAGGGUGUGUGGAUUGCCUCUCCUCUUUUGAAUCACAUGCACGCAAGUCUAUCUCUCUGCCAUCGACAAAAGAAGGGGAUUAUGGGGUUGUGUGCGAUCUCAGAACACGUGGGAAGCGUAUUUGCGAGGCUGGCGGCUGAGCGCCCGUCCUCCCUGUGAUGGAGGAGCGCGGUGGUGGUGCAUCCGUGGAAGUGAGUGCGAGGUGCAGAGGAGAUAAUCAAUGAAGACGCCUAGGGCUCCUGUGCGUGUGGACAAGGUCAGAGUCUAGCCUGGGUGAGAUGUGGAGACAACAAGGACGGACUUUUACUCUUCCUCUCAGGGGGACGAGGUCGCCUGGGGAUGUCCCCUGAAAACCAAGAGUUUCUCUCUCUUGGUUGGAUUGCAUAGGCAGCGAAAAUCCCUCCAUCUGUGUGAUCAUGAUGGAGCUUUGUUUUUGACCACCUCCGAGCUGCAUGGCUCCUUUCUGUUCUCAGCCUGGAGAUAAAGUUUCUUCGCUCUGCUCGACGGUUGGAUGAUCCGUUCGGCCAUUGGCUCGUCUAAUUGCACGCAGUUGAACCCGGUUCCGGUGAUUUAUAGGCUGCCGGUUAAAGGGGCAGCGGUGGAUUGAGAUUCAACCAGAGCAGCAACAAAACAGCGGCGGCCAGCUGUAUAUCUGGACGGUCAUAUCUGUCGUUGUCGUCGUCGCUGUCCAUGGUGCUGAACUCGUGCUUCAGGAAUGGUGGAGACGCUGAGUAUCGCUGUCAUCGGUGCUCCCGGAGUGGGGAAAACUUCUAUAAUCCGCCAGUUCAUCUAUAACGAUUUCUCGGAGGUGUACACGCCAACCAGGACCAGAUAUGUGUACAGACCCUCCGUCAUACUGAACGGGAACAUGUAUGAGCUGAAGAUUUUGGACGUCCCACCAAUCUCCUCCUUUCCAUCAAGCUCCAGUCAGGAGUGGCUGGAUUUGCGCUGCAGAGGCGUUCGCAAUGCCAACGCCUACAUCCUGGUGUACGACAUCUGCUGUGUCGAGAGCUUUGAAUACGUCAAGAUGAUCAGACAACAGAUAGUGGAGCACAGGUACAGCAGCAGCAGCGAGGUGCCAAUCCUGGUGGUGGGCAACAAGAGAGAUCUGCAGCGGCAGCGCUUUAUGCCUCGCAGAGCAGUGUCAGUCCUGGUGAAGAAGACCUGGAAGUGUGGCUAUGUGGAGUGCUCUGCCAAGUUUAACUGGCACGUAGUCUUGCUUUUCAAAGAGCUGCUGGGCAUCGCUGUGGCACGGGGCAUGCGCCAGAACCACACCUCUAUCCGUCUGCAGGGGGCGCUACAGAGGAAUCGCUGCACCAUCAUGUGACCCUGAGAGCUCCCUCCACCCCUAAGGAGUGGAGUGGCAGAGGAGAAAUUGACUUUUUAUCUAAAUAGCUGGAAAAAUACCCUGUGGCCUCCUGCUUUACUGAGCUGAUUUUUCAUAAUGAGGUUUAUUAGACUUUUGCGCUGUAAAAGACACUAAAAUUUCACACAUGGUCAUCCAACCACUUCCUAGUCAAAUUCUGCCAAAUGUGUAGUUGCAGGGAAGGAGGUAGAAGAGGAGGAAGCAGGUGGAAACCAAUGUGACUAACAUAGCACAGUUCUUUUUCCUCAUAUCAGCGAGACAGUUAUGCAUUUGAGGCUGUGCUUCCCAAAUGACACAGCAGCAGGUGUUAUUGAGGGUUGUCUUGUGGCUGUAGCUGGGCCUGACAGGAUGGAAACUGUGUUUGUGAGACUCAAAACGGAGAGGCAGCAAUAUCAUCGAGUCUUCCUUUUGAAUUUGUCAUACAGUGCCUUGCGAAAGUAUUCGGCCCCCUUUUCGACCUUUUGCCACAUUUCAGGCUUC